GCGACACUGAUUUCCUUACUCUAGAGCUUCUGUCUUCUUCUCAUCUUUUCUGCCUGCUGACACGCCACCCUUCGUAGCCAUCCUCCGCUCCUAUCUCCGCCAGGCACCGCUGCCCCACCUCCACAGGACCGACCACCUGGACUCCGCCGCAAGUGAAGGACAAAGACAUUUGAGAGAGACGCGAAGUGCCCGUCAUGGCCUCGCUUGCAGGCAGAGGACGGGCUAAGAUACGGGCGCCACGACGAACUCUUCAUGGUGCCGACGUCGAUUUUGAAGCCACCUGGCAGGUGCUGGAGCGAGCGUUCACCGAGAUACACGAGAAGAAUGCCUCUGCACUGUCAUUCGAAGAGCUCUACCGCAAUGCCUAUAAGCUGGUGUUGAAGAAGAAAGGGACAGACUUAUAUGACAAGGUUGCGCAGUUUGAGGAGCAUUGGUUGGGGGAUGGUGUACGGCCGAGGAUUGUCAACCUACUCACUGCGCCUCUGCAGCUCACUGACGAUCUGGGCCGAUCACUGGCUACCACAUCAGAACGCAGAGUCGCGGGCGAGCGUUUUCUAGCCUCGCUGAAGCUCGCCUGGGAGGAUCAUCAGGUUUGUAUGGGCAUGUUGACUGACGUGCUUAUGUACAUGGACCGUGUGUACUGCACAGACAAUCGCCAACCGUCCAUUUUCGCCAAAUCCAUGUCCAUCUUCCGCGACCAGAUCCUACGAACUCCCAUCCGCUCAGGCGCCGAUGACCUUCUCCAGUACCUCACGAACCUCAUACUUGACCAAAUCUCCAUGGACAGAGAAGGCGAGAGCAUAGAUUCCUCUUUAAUAAAGUCGAAUAUUUACAUGCUGGAGGGUUUAUACGAAUCGCAGCAGGAGAUUGAGGAAGAGAAGCUAUACAUUAAGUCGUUCGAGGCCGACUUUCUCGAGAGGAGUGCGCGUUUCUACCGGGAAGAAGGUGAGCGGCUACUCACAGAGGCAGACGCUGGCACGUAUUGCAAACAUGCAAAGCGGCGCAUUGAUGAGGAGAGCGAUCGCUGCAGAUCGACUCUCUCUGAAUCGACAGCGCCCAAGAUCCAGAAAGUCGUGGAGGACGAGUUAAUACGGCAUAAGAUGAAAGGCUUGAUUGAGAUGGAUUCUGGAGUACGCUACAUGAUCGACAACGACAAGUACAACGAGCUGCACUUGUUAUAUGAUCUGGAAGCACGUGUGGACCCAAAGAAGCCAGAACUUACCAAGGCCGUGCAAGUCAUUGUGGCAGAAAUGGGCGCAAAGAUCAACGAGGACGCCCACACAGCUACCUCAGCUCCUCCUGCGCCAGCAACGUCCGCCGAGGACGGAGAGGUUGAGAAGACGAAGGGCGGCAGUCCGAAGCAAAUCAAUCAACAGACCAUUGCAGCCCUCAAGUGGGUCGAGGAGAUACUGGCGCUCAAGGAUCGCUUCGACACAGUGUGGAAGGUCUCGUUCAACAGCGACCAGAGCAUCUCGACGGCGCUCACUCGUAGUAUGAGUGACAACAUCAAUGCAUUCGCUCGUGCAAGCGAGUACAUCUCCCUCUUCAUCGAUGACAACAUGAAAAAGGGCAUCAAGGACAAGACCGACGAGGAGGUGGACCGGAUAUUAGAGAAGGCGAUUGUGCUGCUCCGUUAUCUUCAGGAUAAGGACAUAUUCGAAAAUUACUACAAGAAGCAUCUCUGCAAGCGAUUACUACUUAAGAAAAGUCACGACCCCGAUGUGGAGACUUCCAUGAUUAGCCGCAUGAAGAUGGAGCUUGGAAAUAGCUUCACCAUGAAGCUCGAAGCCAUGUUCAAGGAUAUGCGUAUCAGCAAGGACCUGACGGACAAUUAUCGUAGGAAGGUGGCUGGUCUCGGCGAUGGCGAUCGCAGUCGCGUUGACCUCACUGUGAACGUGCUGACCUCGAUGACCUGGCCACUCGAGGCGUUCAGGAGUUCGUCAGAAGACGACAUUGAAAAUAAAGCUCAAAUCAUAUAUCCUGCCUCGCUGGAUCGUGUGCGACGUGGCUUCGAAGCUUUCUACUCGGAAAAGCACUCCGGCCGCAAGCUCACGUGGCAGACGAGCAUGGGGGAUGUCGAUGUUCGAGCACGCUUCCCGCGGUCGAACAAGAUCCAUGAAGUGAACUGUUCCACAUAUGCGGCGCUCAUUCUUGUUCUCUUCAAUGACCUCGCUUCUGGGGAUACUCUCAGCCUCGAAGAGAUUCAAAGCAAGACCAACAUACCGAUGAACGCACUCAAGCGCAACCUGCAGUCAUUGGCAGUAGCGCCUAAGACGCGGCUGCUCUCGAAAGAGCCGAUGGGGCGCGAGAUCAACGCUGGCGACAAAUUCGGCUUUAACGAGCAAUUCAAGCCGACGGCGAUCAAGAUCAAGGUUGGUGUUGUCUCCGCUGGUAACAAGGUGGAAGGCGACAAGGAGCGCAAGGAGACGGAGAAGAAGAACAACGACAGCCGUGGUUACGUGAUUGAAGCUGCGAUUGUGCGCAUCAUGAAGCAGCGCAAAGAGCUGGCCCACGCGCAACUGCUUACCGAGACCUUGACAGUGUGCUCUGCACAGUUCAAGCCCGAUGUGAAUAUGAUUAAGAAGCGCAUUGAGAGCUUGAUUGAACGCGACUAUCUGGAGCGUCUCGAGGACGCGCCGGUGGCAUCGUACAAGUACAUGGCAUGAACGAGGAGAUGUGCGCCGUUCAUUUCUUGCUUGAGUGCUUUCGCAUGGCUUUGGCGUUGCUCUUUCUUGGUCACGACAUUUUGCAUAUAGGGCACUGCAUAGGACGGAAUGGUGGGCGGGCGGGCGGACGGGCGUACUUGAUGGAGCGGAGCAUACUUGCAAAGGGGAG